AUGCCUCCACGGAUCUACUGGUCUGGCAAGAACAACCGCUCCCAACAUAAUCUUGUUGGGUCGACGGGUGCCGAGGAUUCUGCUCCGCUGCCCGCAUCAGCUGCAGGUGCAAACCCCCCAAGUGCGAGCACCGGUGCUGCAAACCCCUCAUCAGCCUUGCCCAACCCGGUCUUCAGCUCCAGUGAAUCCUUUCAGCCCGACUCGAGCGGCGACCGGAGUAAUCACUCGCAACCCCCUCCACCGCCGCCACAUUUGGUCAACAUCUACGGCAGCGCUGCUGGCGGCCCCAAUCCAUCCAAUCUCCCGCCGCUGCAACACUCGAACAGCGUCACUGGAGUGUCUGACUCACGGCAGACCGGACAGAGAGACACCGACUUUGCUGACCAGGUGACACGCUCACAAUCGCAUUCCCACCGCUUCAACAAUUCCCAAGUUCCCCCGAUCUCUACACAACUUUUCCAGCAGCAGCAGCAGCAACAGCAGCAACAGCAGCAACAACAACAUCAACAACAGCAACAGCCACCACAGCAGCAGCAACCGCAGUUGUUGCAACACCCGCCAGGUUCUGCCUCAGCCGAAGAUCUCUCGGUCGGCGGGUCCCAGAACAUCUCGUCCCCCGUUCUUGGCACCCCGCAGCCAGCUUUCAGCCAGCAGCAACAGCCCCCGCCCCAGCCCCAAAAGACAAAGCAAUCCACUCGGAAGCUGAUCAAGAAUAUACUUCGGGGACAAGACCACCCUCCCCAGGUGCAGCAGCAGCAGAAUCCCUACAACACCACCGCAACUCCCGGGCCAGCCCGCCGGAAUUCCAAGCGGGUGAGCGUUCCUCCUCCGGCAGCCCCUCCAAGCAUCCGGACCGGCGCCUCGCAGCUCUCCCAGAUCUCCCUCGAUCAGCAGCAGCAGCUCGAGUGGCAGAACCAGGCGGCUCCAAACCAGCCAUCUCCGCUGCAGGGUGUAGGGGAUUUCCGCGCGUCGUAUGUCGGUGACGGAUCCGACCCCGCUUUACGCCUGCAGAACCCUCACGACAUCCAGCAUCCCACGAUCCGCCCUGUUCCCCCUUCGGACGUGGAAUCGUCACCAUACCCCACUGAGGAUACAGGACAUCGCCAACAUCGAAACCACGUGCAAGCCCACGGGCAGGUUCCCCCUGAGCUCCAACAUCAGCAGUACGGCCAGGCAGUGUUUGAGGUAGCGCCCCAUCAGCAGCCUCAGCAGUACCAAUUCGCGAACACGCAGCAGACGCACUAUCAGGGGGGCAACCCGCCUAACUUCUCGGGCCUACUUGCCAACCCGCAGCAGCAGAACGCCGAGACUGUGUCCCAACUGUCGCAUGAAUCACCUGUCACCGAUUCAGACCAACGUUCGGCCACGAAUAUCCACGCACAAACAGGGCAGACAUCUCCCGGUUUAACGUACUCGCUGCAAACACACGAUCUUUCCGGGCGUACGAACCCACCAGCUGCGGUUCAAUCUCAAACCCCGCAGCAGCAGUCCAUGGCCCCACCACCCGGCGGGCCGCCGCCGCCGCGGAGAUCGCAAGACGCGGAAAAGGGGUUGCGCGACCAAGUACAGCCGCCGCCCGGUCCGCCGCCCAAUUACCGGCAAAGCCAGCAGUCCAACAUGAACCCCCUCCCUCCGGCCCCGAAUCCGGGUGGCCAGCACCCAAACUUCCGCCAGAACAACGCACCAGACAGGCAGCAGUUUGAAGGCCAGGCUGAAAUCCAGGGGCGCAACAGCCCCCAGCCCCCGUCCGCAGACCGCCCCACUGAGGAUCCUGAUAAGCAGUUCAAAGAUCUUUUGACCAAGUACAAAAAUGUUAAGCGACUGUAUUUUGAAGGCAAGAAGGAAAUUGAGCAAUUGAGCGGCCAGGUCGAGCAGCUUCAAAACGCCAUUGCCAACCAGCGCAUGUCUCAGAGCCGGACAUCGCUGGAUGACAACGAAUACACGACGCGCUUCAACCGCCUCAAUGGCGCAAUUAACAACCUGUCCUUCAACAUACGCAAGGACUGGCAGUCGCUACCGCAGUGGCUGGUUCCGUUCGUCAGUGCUGACGCUCUUAAGACGGGCAAGCAGGAAAUGACGGCGGUAGGGCGUGCUGUCAUCACCCGCUGGAUCGUGGAAGAGGUGUUUAACCGCUGCUUCCACCCAGGCCUGGACCCUGAGCUUAGCAGGCAGUUGAAAGUUAUUGAGCACAACAUCCGGAACUUUAGCUAUACCAUGAAUAGCCAAGAAGAGUUUGACGCUCUGACAAGUAAGGUGGUGAGCUGGCGGAUGGCGACACUCGAGGGCCUUCAGGAUGUUCUCCGGAGCCCCGAGAGCUUGAAUCACAAGAAUGACUUUACACGGCGUGCAACAAGCAAUCUUACAGCGUGGCUGUUCCAGCAUCUGAAUGACCCGCCGCCGGCCGGGGUUGACGGGAGCGCCAGCAUGAUUGUCGAGCUAGCCGUUGGUAUCGCGAGCAACCUUCCGCUCGAGAGCCGUGACGUGGCCAUCAUCUAUCCCGUACCGGAGCAGCCAAUCGAGCCGGACCUGAUGGAGGUGGAGAAGACGGGCUUGCCCUCCUUGGACGCACGGUCGUCAGAUAUGGCUGAAGAGGGCACAGCAGACGAUGGCAAGGAUGCGGCCAAGGAUGGCAAAGGCCAACGCGGCGACAAGUCGAGAACGGGCAUGAUGAGCGUCAUGGGCGGAGGUGGCAGCGCUCCCGGUAGCAGGAAGGGCAGCAUUGCUGAAGGCGGUGGUCAACCAGGGCCCACUCCGCCAAAGGACCCCGAUGUCGCGUUUCAUGGAUGCUGGGACGAGCUGUACGCCGCCGAGCUGACCAACCACGCCGACAACCCGGCCGACGAGGGGACCGUGUGGUUCGACGACGCCGACGCAGAGGCGAAGAUGGUGGCCUUCCUCAACGCGCCCGAGCACCGCGACCGCUUUGGUCUGGACCCAAGCACCGCCUCGGUCCUUGACCUGGGCUGCGGCAACGGCAGUCUGCUGUUUGCCCUCCGCUACGGCCACGACCACGGUGAUGAGGAUGAGGAUGAUGAUGACAAUGAAAAUGAGGGUGAGGGUUUGGGUGAAAGUGAGGUACGCUGGCGCGGCAGGCUGCUCGGCGUCGAUUACAGCGAGCGGAGCGUGCAGCUUGCUCGGCAGGUGGGCAGGUCCAGGUCCAGACGGGGGGUCAAGGAUAUGGUUACGGAUGGGGAAGGGGAAGGGGAAGGGGAAGGGGAAGGGGACGUAGAGUUCAAAGUGUGGGAUGUGCUGCGCGGGGAGCUGGAUGAUGUGCGGGCCACCGCUAGCAGCAUACCUGGCGGUACCACGAGUGCAAGCGCAGGGUGGGAUGUCGUCCUCGACAAGGGCACCUUUGACGCCGUCAGCCUCAGCGGGGAGCUCGACGCCCAAGGGCGGCGGGUCUGCGAGCGCUACGGCGAGCGCGUGCUGCAGCUCCUCCGGGACGGCGGAUUAUUCCUCGUGACGAGCUGUAACUGGACCGAAAAGGAGCUGCGCGGCUGGUUCGAGGACAGGACGGCCGGGUCGGAAACUGGGGCGAGGCUGCGGCUUGCGGGAAGGAUAGAAUACCCCAGCUUUAGCUUUGGCGGCGUCAAGGGGCAGACAAUCAGCACCUUGUGUUUCCAGAAAGUUGCAGCCUAG